AUGCAACAAUCGCAGCUUGACCCCCUGCCCACGGAUCUGCCCUUCCGGAUCAUCUCCAAGACCAUUGGACGGGGCGCAUACGCAUCGAUCAAGAAGGCCAUUCCGCAAGAUGCGACAACACCGGUUUUCGCCGUGAAGUUCAUCCACAAGGGAUAUGCUACGAAACAUGGCAGGGUCUCGCAGAAGCAGCUGUUGAUGGAGGUUUCGCUGCAUUCUCAUGUCGGCCAACACUCAAACAUCAUCGAGUGGUUCGCUUCCGGGGAGGACAUCAACUGGAGAUGGAUCGCUAUGGAAUUCGCCAGCGGUGGCGACCUUUUCGACAAGAUUGAAGCCGACGUUGGCUUGAACGAGAACAUUGCCCACGUCUACUUCCUCCAGCUCAUCAGCGGCGUGAGCUUCGUCCACUCCAAGGGCGUGGCGCAUCGCGACUUGAAGCCAGAGAACAUCUUGCUCUCAGAAACGGGAAACCUCAAGAUUGCGGACUUUGGUAUGGCCACCAUGUUCGAGUACAAGGGCCAACGGAAGACCAGCUCGACCCUCUGCGGCAGCCCGCCCUACAUCGCCCCUGAGAUCCUCGCCUGCAGCAAGGCGGACAAGACCACGCCCACCGGCAGCAAGUACUCUCCAGAUCUGGUCGACAUCUGGUCCUGCGGUGUCAUUCUUUUUGUGCUACUCGUCGGAAACACACCUUGGGACGAGCCAUCACAAGUCAGCUGGGAAUACCAAGAGUACGUUCGGACCAAUGGCCGCAGCACAGAUGCCCUCUGGGCAAGGAUACCGACGAACGCCCUCUCCCUGCUCCGGGGCAUGAUGUCUAUCGACCCUGAGAAGCGCUUCUCCUUCGCCCGCGUCCGCCAACACCCGUGGUACACCCGCACAAACCCGCACCUGACCUCUGACGGCCAGGUCUCCGACCCCAUCAACCUCGCCACCAAGAUGCUCGAGAGCCUGCGCAUCGACUUCAGCCAACAGCCGACGGCAUCGCAAGGCACCUCGUCCAACGCCGACGCCAUGGACCUCGACUCCUCCGGCUCCGGCAAGGUCUCCUUCACGCAGCCCGAGACCCCGAUCAACGACGUCGCCUGGGACUGGGAGCGGCCCGCCCUCACGGCUAUGAACCCCAUCGCCGUGUCCUCCACGCAGCCCAUCUCGCGCAGCGAGUCCGGCGUCGCGAACCGCCGCCUCUUCCUCGAGUCGCUCGAGCAGGAGCCGUCCAUGAGCCAGUUCUCGCAGACGCCCGGCGUCCCGCUGACGCUCACGCAGGCGGCGCGCCGCUUCCGGGACAUCGUGCCCUUCGAGUCGCUCACGCGCUUCUUCUCACACGUGCCCCCGACGCUGAUUGUGCAGAUGCUCAGCGACGCGCUGCACCACCUCAACGUCCCGCUAUCGCCGGUCAACCCGAACCUGUACGGCGACCACAUUGCCACGCUGCGGGUCAAGACGCUCGACGAGAGGAGGCAGUCGCUGCACGGCGAGAUCCACAUCGACAAGCACCGGCUGCCCGAGGAACAGGAGCUGCUGGAUAUCCGGUUCGUGAAGAUCAAGGGCGAUCCGCUCGAGUGGCGCCGUUUCUUCAAGAAGAUUGUCGUGCUUUGCAAGGAUGGCGUGUAUACCCCGGAUGCUUAG